AUGGGCGUGCAGGCAAGUCCCUUCGUAACCCGCAAGCACCAUAUUCCAGAUCCUCGUGACGAUGGUGAGGGUUAUUGCUGGGUUAGUGUCAUACUCCUACCGGAAGCGAAGAAUGGCACCCAUAGCGACGAAGCGACUAUGUUAUUUGUAAUCCGGAGGUGCAAAUAUGGCCGGACCGCCAUGACCCAUCAGCCGCUGCAUGGGUUGGGGGACCACUGUAUCUCGUUGCCAGUCAAAUGGAAUACACCUAGGCAAGAUCUGCCUACAGUGCGGGAUCAGGCUGCGGCUCUCGCAACAUAG